AUGUAUUGUGCUAAACUUCGCCAGCUUGGAAGAAAGUUUUACCCUGAAAUGUACAGGUCUACACUGGGCCUUACACGCACGCUCCUGCAGGGGAGCAACAUCAUUCUCAACUUCCCUGAAGAGUGGUUAAUCGAGGCUGAAAAUGUCGCUCACCUGUACAUAGUUGGAGUUCUAGACCCAACUGAAAUCAGAGCGAAUUUCCGCAUGCGGCGAACCAAUGCACAAUUCUUCGAGAAUUCCGAUCGAACAAUAAAAGAUGGGGGACCCCUGCCCAACCCAAACAGAGACCGAACAGAGACCGAACAGACUUCCUUCUGA